GGCUUAUAUUUCCACUGGCAUAAAAAUAAACCAUCGUACAGCCUUGUUAUGAAAAAUAUAGCCCUCACAUUAUUUCUCCGUUAUCGAAAGCAUACAUCCUGCGGACUUCACCUCUCAGUAUUCCCCACGUUUGAUUGAGCCACAAAAUCAAUCAGUGUCUUCGCUGCACACGCUUAUUCUACGUCAGAAGCCACCGUUGAAGAAAGAUCUCGGUAUCACUUUGUUUCUGGAAAAUCCUUUAUCCAUAAUAGCACUUUGCUCUGCCGCGCAUUCCUAGUGUUGAAACACAACCAGUCACAUUUCGUAGUUCCGCAUGCAGCCAAGUUACCUCCCCUUAAACGCCAAAAACGUAUCUUCCACCAUCAGAGAGUACCUCAUCGCGGCCUUUUACCAGGUAUUGUAUUAUAAAGGCGUCUACCCCAAAGAAUCCUUCACUACUGUCAACUCCUUCAACCUAUCGUGCUUUGUGUCCCGCCAUCCUGGGGUGGUUGCCUACCUCGAAAAGCUUGUGGACAACUGCACUGGCAAGAUUCAUUCAGGGGAAAUCAACACAUUUCUGCUUGUGUUAUAUCAAGAGAGUACAGAGGACGUGAUAGAGCGGUAUGUGUUUGAUUUCAGCGAGUUUCUCGCCCUGGCGGAUGGCGACCAGGAGCGAGAGAUCCGUCUGUUCAAGGAUUUUACCUGGGAAACGCUAUAUAUGCAAAUCCGAGCCAGUCUUUUCACGUUGAUUACUGAAUUAAAGAAAGAUCAAGAGAAGGUUCCAGUGCCAUUAAACUUUACCGUUAUGCUCGAGGCUGUCAGAACGUUGAGGAUGAUUGACGAGCCUGCUUGGAUUUUGUGCUCCAGUGAAGAAAAGGAUAGUAAACCAAGCUCUACGUUAGAAGAUCCCGCCACGAAGGUGAUACCGUUGAAGGAAAUAUGCACGGGGCCAGUGCGGAUUCUGUCGUGUGUGGAGAGGGUAAUACGAGGUUGAUGGGUUGGGGGAAUCGGCGUGCUAAAAGGGCUUAGUGUAAUGCUUCCGUUGAAGAAUAGGGUGAGUUCUAUGAUGAGCGAAUGUUAGAUCCAAGUUCAACGUCACCGCGAAAAUGCCAAAGAUGCAAACCUCUAAAAGUGUGAGGAUUAGAGGGAAACGAAUGGAGUGAUAAAACCAUGUUACAGGUCGAGCCUUUACGAGUAAAGGAUAUAGCUCGCUCCACCUGCUAAUUGCCAUAAAUCCUAAGGCCAGUUCCAAAAAUAACUCCAUGCUUGCCCCUAUAGGUCAAAGAAGGACGUUUCCACCCCCCUGUUGUCGACAUAAGCUCUACAAAGUAACUUUAGGGCUUAGUUAUGGAUUUUGAACGAAUAAAG